AAGAAAUCAUUUGACUCUAUAAAUGGAGACGCAGGGUUUGCAAAGAAAUCGUUCGACUCUAUAAAUGGAGACGCAGGAUUUGUGAAGAAAGCUGUUGGUAACUUUUUGAGAGGGCAUCCCGGGUUCGCUGAUGGUAAACCUAAAAGGCAUUUUGAUUCGAUCGACAGCUUUUCGUCUUUUGUCAAAAAACUGGCAGGGAAGCACAGAUAUAAAAGGUCACUUGACUCCAUUUCUUACCAUGGUGAUUUUGGUAGUCGAUUUGCGAAACGUAACUUCCUUCCGUUAUACAACAUGGAGAGAAGAAACCCAUUUGAAGAGGGCUACUACUAUCAUAAUAAUCGUCCAGUGUUUUUCAAACGGUUUGAUUCCAACAGUCGCGGAAAUGGAGUGUCUGGUUAUGCUAAAAGACAUUUUGAUUCUAUUAACGGACCAUCAGGCUUCGCCAAGAAAUCAUUUGACUCAAUAGAUGGCAUGUCGGGACUUGUGAAGAAGUCGUUUGAUUCAAUUGACGGAAUUUCGGGAUUCUCCAAGAAAUCGUUUGAUUCCAUAUCCGGUAAUGCACUGGCUGGGUUUGCUAAGCGAUAUUUUGAUUCCAUUGAUGGCACUGGGAUGUCACGUCUAACUAAACGGUCGCUUGAUAAACGCCGACCACUAGACAGAAUUGAUAGGCCGAAUGACUGGCGGAUGAUUCUGUCACCCCAGUUAAAAGAAAACAGCAGAGUUAAAAGAGACCAAGCAGCCGUCCUAAAAAAGAACUAAUGGGAUGUGCCUUAAGUCCAAGAAGUACUGUUCGUUACUUUCUCAAAUGCUACUCACAACAGGUGUCGCCACAUUCAGAGGGUAACCAUAGGCAAUUGUUGGAACGGUACUAAUUGAAUGGUAUUUAAUCAAAAUCAAAAUUAUACAGACUAUCAAAUCGAUGCAUAUAUAUUUGUUUAUUCAUUCCACAUUCAUGAAGCCCAACACCAGAACAAAAACAACCACAGGGCAACGUGUACAGUACGUUUAAAAAGUUGAGAUACGAUUCCACUGGAAGAUCUUGUUUUGGAACUCAAACAUUUGUUCUUCGUCCUUUUAGUAUCUACAUCGUUGCUCAGAAUCAUUGAAUUCUUCUUUUCUCAAUUAUUGACAUACUAGUAUUUUAAUAAAUCGAAAUGCGUUCAGAUGUUUUUCAAUGACAACAUUGAAAUUUAUGUCCGACUCCAUUAAAUGUCCUAAAAUACACUUCUCUUUUUGUUUGUUCAAGAUCUAUAGAAAUAAAAGUGAAACCUUGUGGAACAUUCUAAAGAAAAGAGGGAUUAUCUUCGUGUCCUGCCGAAUUUUCCCUGUGAUAUUUGAGCAACGGUGUAUCUAUAAAAAGCAUAUAUUUUUUUGAGAAAUAAAACUUCAUGCAGAAGAACAGUUCUUUGAAUUGUUUCUAUUUUU